UAUGUUUAACAGACGAGGAGGCGCGAUUAGUUUAUAGCAGUUUAUUAUGAAUAUCCUCCUGACAAGCUAGUGUGCCUUCAUGCAAAAUAGCAAUUAAAACGUUGUAAAGGACGAACUUAGCCAAAGAAAAACCAAUCUUCGCUUUCUACUAAAAAUAUUGACGCAUAACGACGUACUAGGGCAAGUCAUCCUAAGCAUUAGCAGUGACUGGUAAACACUUAACUGCUACCUAUUGUAUUUUGACCAGAGCUCUUCAGAUAAAACAAUCUGAUCAUGACGGUGGUGGAUAAUUUCGGUGUACCUGAACCGCAAUGGAUCUUAGAUCAGACCGAUUCAGGACCACUGUUUUGGAGAAGGGACAGUAUGGGAAAAAAUUCAAGAGUGAAAUUCCGGUACGAGGUGGAAAUAAAAGAAUUCCAGAGGGGCGCUCACGAGCUGGAGGAGGCGGAGUGGUGCCACCACAUCCAAGGCUCGAACAUUCUGACGAUGGGCAUGACCUGCCUUUUCUGCAUAACUGUCACGGUGAUCCUGCCGUGGUUCAUCCUAAUUGGGAACAAUUGACCUCUUGUCGCGGCCCACUGCGGAUUAGUGAUUGACUCUUGCGAGUUACGUGUUCGUCGCGUGAACUCCGAAACUAUCGGGAAGGUCAUUUCUGUGCUAUGUCUAACAUGUAUGUGAUAUUUAUUUAGUCGUGAUUAUCUACGGACGUUAUAACCUCGGCAUUCGAGAUGAUUUAUAUUUAAGAUGUGUAUUAAUAGUUGCUAAUGUAAUUUUUGUAUGCAGUUCAAUAAAUUAUUUAUUAUCGA